GUUUUGCAUUUGUUUAUAAAUAAAAAAUAGAAAUUUUAUUUGUCUUUUCUUGAAAUUCAUCAAAUGUUAAGAAUAGUUACAAAUUUUAGAAAAACAAUAAAUAAAUUUCAUCUUUUUAUUAAUUUAAACCAACUCCAACUCCAACAUUCAAUGCCAUAUUAUGCAGUUGCAGCCGGUUGGGAAAAAGGAGUCUACGAGACAUGGGCCAUUUGUGAAAGAAGAGUAAAAGGUUUUUCAAAACCAAUAUUUAAAAAAUUCAAAACCAAAGAAGAGGCUGAGGCUUUUCUUAAAGCCCAUGGAGUAGGCCGAUUCUCAGAUGAUGAAUCAUUUGAUCCUAUUGACGAUGCAGUUCCAUUAGGUUGGGUUCCAAAGAAAGAGAAAGAUGCCAAACUAAGAGAACUUUUAGAUAAAAAACUCGCUAAAACUAAAGUUGUUCCAAGUAAGCAAAAGAAAAGAUAUGUUAUAUCGUCUUCGGAGGAAAGUGUGGCCAAUGCCAAUGAAGUCAAAUAUCUAGGAUCUUCCUCAUCUUCAUCGUCCUCGGAGGAAAGUUAUAGCGAGAGCGAUGAUGAAGUGAAAUCAAUUCGUGCGAAACCAGAAGUCGUAGAGAGUUGGCCAGAUGAUGUGAAUUGGGAGGAAGAUGAUGAUGACAUUUUGCUAGCUGCAGCAGCUGAGGUAGAAGGAAUACCAGAAAAUUCUAAUCCUUUAAAAAGGAAAACACCUCCCGAAACGGGCGGGGGUGGCCCAUCAAGUAGCUCAAAAGUUCUGAAAAAGUAUUCACAUGAAUCGAAAAUUUGGGAGCCAAUUGGUUUGAAGAAAAUUGGCAAUUUUGAAUUUCCCAUUGAUUCUGAAGGUUUUGUGAUAGUCUAUACAGAUGGAUCAUGUAUAAACAAUGGUAAAGCCAAUGCCGUUGCUGGCUAUGGUGUUUACUUCUCCGAAGAUCAUCCAUUAAAUGCUGGUAAACCAGUUAACGGAAGGGUUACCAAUAAUGCUGGCGAAAUCCAAGCUGCCAUUUAUGCCAUUCGAAUUGCUAAAGAUUUUGGCAUUAAAAAACUAUGUUUGAGCACAGAUUCUCAAUUUCUUAUCAAUGCUGUGACUGCAUGGAUGAAAAAUUGGAAACGAAAUGGAUGGAGAUUGAAAGGUGGUGACCCGGUUAAGAAUAAAGAAGAUUUUGUGAUCAUAGAUGGUUUACUAGAUGGAAGUAUAAACAUUAAAUGGAAUUAUGUUAAAGGCCACAAAGGAAUAAUUGGGAAUGAAAAAGCUGAUCGUUUAGCACGACAGGGUGCAGCACUCUACAAAUCUAUGAUAGGAAAGUAAUUUAGACCAAUCUCUUUAAUAUUGUUUAUAUUUUAAGGCAUGAUGAGCAUAACAACUAAGAAUUUUUUUUAAUAUAUUAUGGACCUAUAUUGCUCGAGUAAAAUAAAUCAAUAAUCGAUAUCCGACACGUUUACAAAAACUUGAGACUAU